AAGUCAGAAGUGUCAAAGCUUAUAAAUAAAAAAAUAUCACGAGUAUCGAGGAAAGGAGAAGGAUUACGCUGUAUCUGAGAUAUUAUUUAAUUUAGCUUUAUGUUAUCUAAUAAUGUCCGUGAUGGCUGUAUGAAUAGGAAGAUAUUCAAAUAUUCCUAAGAUAAAACAAUGGACGGUGGUGAUAGAAUUUUGGUCGCUGCUGGCCUUACGGCCGCGGUUGUUGUGGGGGCCUUUGUGCUGUGGGGGCCUGGAGGAGCGCCCAAGGUCCGUAAGCGGAGAGGUCAGAUCGCGGGGCUCCAGAAUCUAGGACGAACAUGUUUUCUAAACACCCUUUUACAAGCACUGGCGGCUUGCCCUACUUUUAUAGACUGGUUAAGAAAAUACGCGAAAGCCGAUGGCCAUAAUAGUAUGAUAACUACGUUGUACACUGUUAUUGAAGUUGUAAAUGGCACCCAUGAGUCUGCUCGUGGCACUCCAGUGUGUCCCCUUGGAGUGCUGCAGGCUCUGAGAGCAGCAGGCUGGGUGGUGCCGGCAGACCAGCAGGACGCACAUGAGCUGCUGCAUGUGCUACUGACUUGCAUUGAGGAAGAAACUACGGCUAUGGCUAAGAAGCCAGGAUGCCUGUCAGACGCUCUAGGGCUCGGAGGUGGCGGCAAGGCUUGGUCCGCGCUCGCUUCGCCCGCGUCGCCGCCGUCCGGUUCGUUUGCGCUUCGCCCUGCGCGACCAGCCUCUGCUGCACCGCCCACUGAACCGGAUUUAGCUGAUCCAGAGGAGCCGGGGUUGGAGCCAACGCCGCUCCGCAAGGGCGUGUCGCGCUCGUUCUGCCACCUGAGCAGCGUGGGGCGGCGCUGGGCCUGCGCCCCCGCGCGCCCCGCGCCCGCGCUGCCCUUCCGCGGCACCCUCGCCACGCGCACGCACUGCACCGUGUGCUCCACCAAGAGUCCAAUUAGAUAUGACAAGUUCGACAGCAUAUCUCUAUCCAUGAGCAAUGCAAGUACCGGAGUGUCUGGAUCAUAUAGUUUAGCUGGGCUGCUGCGCGCGUUCACGUCGCCGGAGCUGGUGAGCGGGCUGCGCUGCGGCAAGUGCUGCCCCGAGGCGGCCGCCGACACGCCCGAGCACGCCUACACCAAGCACAUCCGCACGCUCAGCUUCGGGAAGCUGCCGGCGUGCCUGUGCCUGCACGUGGCGCGCGUGGAGUGGCGCGGCGGCGCGCUCAGCAAGCGCGGCGAGUUCGUCGCCUUCCCGGAGACGCUCUGCAUGGCGCCCUACGCCACGCUGCCGCCCGCGCAGCCGGAAGGCCGGCCGCUGGUGGAGGGGCGCGUGCGCAGCGGCCUCGCGCUGCUCAACGCGGGGGGUGCGGGGGGUGUGGGGGGCGGUGCGGGGGGCGGUGCGGGGGGCGCGGGGGAGCGCGCGCAGUACUCGCUGGCGGCGGUGGUGGUGCACGUGGGUGGGCCUCGCUCGGGACACUUCGCCACCUACCGCCGGGGCAACGGGUUCGAGAGCAAGCGCUGGUGGUACACAUCGGACACGCUGGUGCACGAGGUGUCCCUGCAGGAGGUGCUCCGCUGCUCCGCCUACCUGCUCUUCUACGAGAGGCUGGCGGAACCCAGCACGUAUAACACGCACUUUUGAACUGUCCAAGACCAUGGUUGGUCAAGGACCAUUGGUUACGUCGGGUGGUUCUUCUGGAAUGCCGUUCUCUUGAUGAAGUUAGUGUACAGAUAAUUAAUUAAUUGUUAUCUGUAUUCUAAAACUCGCUUCUCGGAAAAUUUAUGCUAUGAGUUAAGUACAUAAAAAAAUUGUUUGUUAUAAAAAAAAAUCUUUAAUAUUUUUCGAUGUUAGCAAAGUCCCGUUGUUAUUUUAUUGAUCUAAAAUUAUCUUUUAGAUCUUUGAAAAAUGUUGACACGUGUGUGAUGAAUUCAAUUUGACUGUACAAUGUAUAUUUUGGGUACAAAUGUUGUACCUGAUUCUUUGACACAUAUAGACGUCUCGCUCUAACACUGAGCUAGAGCGAGACGGCAUAGUGCUACGCUUUCGCUUGAAAAGCAUGUUUUUACCUCCAAUAUUAAUGAAGAGUACUUAAUUACACUGAAUUAGUGUAACUGAAAUAUAUUAUUAUAUGAUGUUAAAAGCUAUGUUUUAAUUGUUGACUGAAAGAUGUUGUGCCAUGAUGGAUAAUGAUGUGAUAAAGUUAUAAAUAGGUUUGUGGUGAUGCUUGUUUUCUGGGCCUGACCUCUUCUACGGUCGUGUGGGACCUUUCUGUCGGACUGUGAGAGUAUCUCAUACGCAGUUGACAGGCCUCCGUUGAGUGUGGCCGCAGUGGGUGAAAUUAUAUAACAAACAUUUAUAAAAAGUUUAUUGUCAAGUGUGAAAAUGUACGUAUCCGUUUAGUAAAUAAUUGAAAUUGUAUGAAAAUAGUUUUCUUGAUGUAAAUAAAUAUUGUAAUUAAAUGUCCUGUAAAGGUUUUAAAACUUCAAAUGAUACUGUUCGAAUUAUAUACUUGUAGCUCUUCUUAUUGAUAACUGUUGUGAAAUAUUGAUUAGCAAAAAGAUAUUUAUUUGAUAUACUUCUAUAUACAAAAAAAAAUUAAUAAGUAAUUGAAAAACCAUGAUUUUUAUUAAAAUCUAUAUCUGAAUAUGGUUUUGUUAAUCAAUAUUUUGAUAUGUAAAUACGCACAUUCAGCAAUUAAGCGUGAUAUGAUAUUUGCCUUCCCCAAAUGUCUUUACUAUUUAGUCUUUACCCGAUUUAGUAUAAUGGCCGUUUUGAAGGAAUUAGGAAAGUCAAGUUCUUAUAGCAAUGACUUAUGUCCCAUUGUAAAUAUAUACUUCAAAUUAUUAAAAAAAAAAACAUAAUUCGUGUGGAAAUAAGCUUAUGAGCCUUGGGUAAAUAUGUAUUCAAUGUCCCUUAUUUCUAUAUUAUCUGUGUAACUUUGCAUUUUUAUUCGGUGCAUUUUUAGCACUAAAUUUUCUAUAAAAUUUCACCCCCUAUUUUCCUAAACUCUUUGAUAUGUCUUAUUCAUAUUUGAUCCAGCUAGAUUCGUGAAUGUAGAUAGGAAUUUUGAGUGGGAAGUUUAACCCUAAUAAAAUAUACAUCUAAACUUAAGCUUUGAAAUUACAUUACCUUUCUUUGUUAAAUUGUGGUAAAAUUGUGUAGUAUUUUCAAGAAAGUCUUGAAUAUAUGCUAGAUUGAAGCCCACUUCUGUUAGUAAAUAGUUAAUAUUUAAACAGUAUGAGGUUGUAAAAUUGCAUUUUUUUUAUAUAACACGACCAUGAAUGUAUUUUUAAUAGAGUCAUAUUUUGAUUUAUUCAUAUUAAUAGUAAUAAGAUGGUGAUAAGGAAUAACUGAGUUAUGAUUUUAAUUCUUAAAUUCGUCCCAAAGAUACAAUGACUUGCUCGAACCUUUAUGUUAACCGUCCUUGUUUUUGUGAAUUUUGUUUAACUUUUAAGUUUAUACAAGUAUGAAGACUGAGGCUUUUUAAAUUCAUUAUUGUUACCUUUUAUUUUUAUAUAUGUAAAUAACAUAUAACAAUAUAAUAUCUAAUGAAUAUAUCAACAACAUCCUACAGAAAACAUGCUUCUGGCGUGUGUUUUGGCGCGAAACCAUAUAUUGAUCAUCUAUUGUUUAUGGCUAAUAAAAAGAAAUAUCCAUAAAAAAAUGGUUACACAUGUUGUAAGAGAAACAUUUGAUUGGUGCUGAUUUACUCGAAAUUCACGAUCAUAUAAGUGGCGUCUUUUUUCGAACGUAUAAAUUUUUUCUAAUUUCUAAUAUAGAUUAUUCUAUCUAUGUAUGUAAUUGUGUAAUUGUAGAAGUUUAAGAUCAUUAGCAUAAAUAAUAGUAAAUAUGUAGCACACAUGUGUAUUAUAGUUUAGUGUAUUUUAUUUUAAUGUUCAUUCUAAUAAAAAAUUGU